UAAGAGAUGAAACCUGUAUGAAGGAACCAGAAGAAACAGACGAAAGGAGAGACAUUAAGCCGCAAGAUGUUGAAGAGCAACAAACCAAGAAUCGACAAAUCGCAGAUAAUGUCUUUGAAUCAUCUACACAGGAUGACCUUCAAGAUUAUGAGGAAGAUUUUGAAGAGGAUGUUGAGGAGGGGACCAAUGUGAAUAGCACAGGUUUAGAGCAACAAUCUGGUAGUGAGGCUGAAAAAGAAUCAUCCGAGUCAAUUAUUGAAGAAAUCGUCACUGUCGAGGAGCCUAUUGUAGGAGAAACUGCAGUAACUAUUCAAAAGCUAUCUAGUAAAGUCUCAAAUAUGAUCAUAGGGGGAAAAGAAUCUCUUGAACAACCAGCAGAAGUAGAAGUUGAUAUAAACAAGGAUGUUAAAUUGUCACCUAAUCAAAAUAUUUUAAACAAUCAAACUGAAGCAAUGACGGAAAAAAUUAGUAUAGAAACAUCCCCUAUCAAUUUUAAUAGCACAUCUAAAAAAACAGAUGCAUCUGUGAACACAUCCUUUGCACUAAUUGAAAAUACAAAAGUAACGGUAGCGACAUCUCCUAUUAUUCAAACUGAGAAAUCUUUGCCACACCUGAAAUCUACAACAGUGCAAACUGUGAAUUUAAGCGACUCGGAGACAAAAAGUGUGACAUCAAAUAGAAUUAAUGUAGGUGAAACAGAUCUUACAGUCCCUUCUAUGAGAUUGACUCCAAAGCCGAUCGAAAAUAUAUUUAAUAUCACCUUGGGGGAAACGAAGGAAAAUUCUGUAGCAUUGCAAGCAGAUCAAUCUAAUCAGACUUUUAAACUAACCGUUCAGCUUCAUGGUUCAGAUAAAGAAAACAAAAAGAUAGUGGAACUAGAUAGUCCAAAUGAAAGUGGGAAAAUAUUGUGCUACCCAGAGGGGAGAUCUGAAAGUGACCAGAAGUCCAAUACAAAUAUCUCAACAAAUGUGAGAAAUCAGAGCUCUACUCAAAGAGGAAGUAAAUUUUAUGAUACGGCAGAAAGAGAGAAAAUCGAUGAACAAACAAUUAAGAGCAUUAUUGAACCGACUGUUUCUGAGGUGCUGAAGAAAAUUAACACUGAAUCUUCACAUCAGAAUGAAAGAUCACACCCGAUUUCAAUGGCAGAUACUAUUUCUAGUCUUGUGAAACCAAAUAUUAUCUUACAAACCAAACAUGGACUGUGGCAGAAGUGCAAUGAAAAUCCUUUUCCCAAUAUUGAAUUAGAGCAGCCCAAUCCAAAGGUGGAUUCCUCAAAUCAGACAGAGGCGGAGAAACAGAAUGUCUCGGUUCAAGCAGUCGACAGCGGAACAAUCAGCUGUGAGGAUAGACCAGCUGAUCACUGUGAGGCUAGACCAGCUGAUCUCACCAGAGGCUACUUGGAAAUGCUUCUUCCUCUUCCUCCUUCAUCCUUGGGUACAGUCACCAGUUGUACACUCUCUCACUCCUCCACUUGUGGAUCGAGUUCCAGGUCUUCAUCUACUUCCACUUCAUCAAACAGAAAGUACGAGAUCUUGCGGAAUUCGGAGAAGCUAUCAGACGGUGAACUAUUGCCAGAACCCUGCGGCUGCAAAGUUGGCGAGGUUUGCCCAGUGUGUGUCCCACGGUUAGACCUCAGCUUUGGAGAGGUCAAGACAAAGAAGAGAAGCAGCAGAAUGGAAAAUGACUCGUCCUCGGGCUCAAACAGACAAACGUCGGUGCCACUUUUAAACCUACCUCUUCAUCUGGAGCCUAGACCAAGUUCUGUAAGGAUAACUAGAACAUCAGAACUGAGUGAUGUGACAAAGUCCAACAACUUACCUAGCGAUAAACUUGCAAAUUAUAUGACCAAAGUAAGAGACAACCUUAGCGUCGCUGGAAAGGUAGAAAGGAAAAAUGUAAAACACUUCUCGGAGGUAGCUCAGUCAGUGCUGGACGAUUUGGGAAAAGAACUCUCGACUUUGGGUAGCGUAAAGUACACUUUUCCAAAGCCAUCUCCCUCAAUAUCAGUGAUCGAUCCCUUGAAAAACCCAAUGGAUACGUCUUCAUCCGACUCUACAAAGUCUCAGAAAGGUUUGCGUUCAAAGAGGAAUAAGCAGAAACAUUCUUUGGUGAUAAAGAAACCAGUGGAAACUCCGAGAAUAGAUGUGGUCAUUGAAGAUGAAGAGCUUUCAACUUCCUCUUAUCAGACUAGCGUGACAAGUGUCAGCGUAGAUCAACUCCCAGAAGUAUCAAGCCAUUCCAGCGCUGAUGCAUCCUCUUGACUGUCUAAGUUUUAAAAAUACUUGGAGCUUGUCAAAUGUACACGGAGUCAACAGCCAACAGCAAACGAAAAAGAAUACUGUACAAACCUUACUAUGUACUUUUUAAGUAUACACAUGUGAUGUUUGUCAUUUAGUAACUAAGACUGAAAGUGACAUCCCGUUUCGGAGAUAAAAUAUAUUUUUGUACUUCAAUCUCAGUAUCUAUCUUCAGAAAUAUUUUUAUGUUAAGAAUAUUUAAAUACUCUCAAAAUGUGUGACAUAGU